UGAGAGUGCAGUGGAAACCGCGUUAAAGUUAAGACAGUUUAGGCGGAAUCCGGCGUCAAAGUGUACAUUUACACGGAUUUGUAUCUCUAAGCUGCAGAUAUCGACUCGUGGAGAUGAAGGGGAAAGAGCGAUCGCCGGUGAAGAAACGUUCCCGGGUGCUCGAUGAGAGCAGAGACCGAGGAGGAAGCAGCAAGAAGACCGGAGCCCUGCUGACGGCCGGCAGCAACAACGGGAACGGCUCUGCUCCCAGCGGCGCUUCGUCCCGGAGAAGUUUACACGGCGACAAAAGAGAAAUGAGGGACUCAGACGGACAUAGUUCAUCAAGUCGGACCGGUAGCAGCUACGACUACGGAGCUGUGUCGGGAAACAAGCCGCACGGUGGCGCUGAAGUCGCCUCCGAAACAUCCAGGUCCGGUUCACGCAGUGACCCGCGGCCUCCGGCAAACCCUGAAAGUGAGUACAAGACUCUCAAAAUAAGUGAACUGGGCUCCCAGCUGAACGACGAGGAGAUAGAGGAUGGACUGUUUCACGAGUUCAGGAAGUUUGGUGACGUCAGUGUGAAAAUUAGCCGAGAAAACGACAUGCGGGUGGCGUAUGUGAACUUCAGGAGGCCCGACGACGCCCGAGCCGCCAAACACGCUCGGGGCAAGCUGGUGCUGUAUGACCGGCCUCUGAAAAUAGAGACAGUUUACAUGAACAGACGUAGAAGUCGCUCCCCUGUUUCAAAAGACAGUUUCCCCUCAGGGCACAGGCACCUCCACUCUCAGAGACCCCUCUCUCCCACUGGUCUGGGCUACAGGGACUACAGGCUACAGCAGCUGGCGCUGGGCCGUCUCCCCCCUCCUCCUCCUCCUCCCCCUCCUCCUCCACCUCACCUCAGAGACCUGGAGGGAGACAGAGACUUUCCUGUGUAUGAUGCCAGGAAUCGGCCCCAGUUCAUCACUGAAUGUGCUGUUUUCCGUGAUGAGGACCUGAUGACCCCUGAGGAUGACCAGAGGGCAAACAGGACUUUGUUUCUUGGCAAUCUGGACGUCAGUGUGACAGAGAGCGACCUGCGGCGGGCGUUUGACAGGUUUGGGGCCAUAACAGAGGUUGACAUAAAGCGAGCAGUGCGCGGCCAGAGCAACACCUAUGGAUUCAUCAAGUUUGAAAAUCUUGACAUGGCUCAUCGUGCCAAAGUGGCGAUGUCAGGGAAAGUAGUGGGACACAACCCCAUUAAAAUCGGCUAUGGUAAACCUACACCCACAACCAGGCUGUGGGUGGGGGGCCUCGGACCCUGGGUGCCACUUGCUGCACUGGCCAAAGAGUUUGACCGCUUUGGCACAAUCAGGAAUAUAGACUACAGGAAAGGUGAGGCGUGGGCUUACAUUCAGUAUGAAAGCCUGGAUGCUGCUCAGGCUGCUUGUACUCACAUGCGAGGCUUCCCUCUGGGGGGCCCUGACAGGAGACUCAGAGUGGACUUUGCGGACACAGAGCACCGCUACCAGCAGCAGCAGUACAUGCAACUUCCUCUCCCUCUGCCGCACUAUGACUUAGUUCCUGAGCCUUUUUCCCACCGCCUUAAUGACUCUGUGAGAGUGAGAGAGAGGUCUCCCCCAGUUCGCUACAGAGAACGGGAUCUCUACUCCAGCGCUGAAUGGUCUGGCCUAGGCGUCCAUGACAGGAUGCGAGGAGCUGGAUUUGAACCUAUAGAUCGCCUGGAGAGACAUUCCCGUGAGACCUGGUCAAUAGAACGUGAGCGGGAGCUGCAAAGCAGGGAUCUAAGCCGCAAAAGGAGACAUUAUUUGGAUGAUGGUUGGCGGCUGGAUCGCUCACCUGAGAGCGGUGACUAUGGUCCGCGCCGCCACGGCAGCUCAUUAGAGCGCAGCCCUGGAGGCAGCAGCCGAGAUGGGGGGCGCUACAGUGACCCUGAACGCCUGCCUCGCUCUGGCAGAACCUCCCCUUCCAAGGACCGUCAGAACAGCCUGGACACUGCUUUUGGGGACAAGAGAAGAAGAACACUUAGCCCAACUGUGCCAGGCUCCGAGAAGGACCGCAAACACAAAACCAGUGACUCCAGUAAGAGCCCAGGAAGGAGAGAGGAUCGCUUAGAACACUCUUCCUCAAACUCCUCUUCCUCCAAGGCAGGCCAGCAGUCUAAGCAGAGCACUGGAGGACAGAGGUUGAGUCAGGCCUGGCAGGGUGUCCUCCUGCUAAAGAACAGCAGCUUCCCCACAUCGCUGCAUCUGCUGGAGGGGGACAUGGCUGUGGCUACCAGUCUGCUGGCGGAGGGUUCCAAAGGAGGCCAAGUGCCCCAGCUGAAGAUCAGCCAGCGUCUGCGUCUGGAUCAGCCCAAGCUGGAAGAAGUUUCCCGUCGCAUCAAGGCCGCUGGUUCCAGUGGAUACGCCAUCCUUCUAGCCGUGCCGGGGAAAUCUGAGGACGGAGGGGCUCAGGACGGCAGCAGCACCUCCACCGAGAGACCGCUGAAGAACCUGGUGUCCUACCUGAAGCAGAAGGAGGCGGCGGGCAUCAUCAGCCUCCCUGCGAGGGGCGGCCGUGACAAGGACCACGGAGGAGUCCUUCAUGCUUUCCCCCCGUGUGAGUUCUCUCAGCAGUUCGUGGAUGCUUCUGCCAAAGCCUUUGCCAAAUCAGAGGACGAUUACAUGGUGAUGAUCAUUAUCGGAGGAGCGUCAUGAAAAAAAUUAUAAAUGUCUCUUUUCACACUUGUGAACUGUUGUACUGUGAGUUGUAAAAUCAGAGAAGUAAUAACAUAGCAGAAUAAGAAGUGACAGGGUUCUGAUUUUAAGUUCCCUCAGCUGACAAGUGGCUUGUAUUUCAUCCUGUUGAAGGUGUUUUGAAAUCAGUCACAUUGAAUUGGAAACAUUUUGAUAAGGUUGAUUCUGCUAUUCAGUUAUCAGAUAAAUGUACAUUACUUGAAGGGUACUUUGCUAAAAGCUACAGUUCUGUGAAUCAAUACUAUAUGUUGCCUUAUCUCAUUUAAAAAAGAAACACAAUUCAUUUAUAUCCUUUAAUACAUUUCCUGCCUUUAAAAAAGAGAAGUUAAGGUCCACAACAUUGUCAUCAGCCUUCAUUUAACCUGUUCAGGUCAGUCUCAGUGACUUUGUAGUACUGUUAGUGUUUGUACAGCUGGGCUACAAAAGAAUUGCAUCAAAGUUAUGUACAUAGAAAUUCUUUAUUGAUUUAAGGAAAUAUAUCUAUUUGCCAUAAAGCUUUAUUCAUUGCUCUUAAAUAGACAUAUUCCAGAUGUGCAUAUGUAAUACUUUGUGCUGACCAAGUAAAGAUCUUGAACACUUCCUUAUUCAAAGUUUCAGUAUGAUAGCUUUCCUAUUUUUGCCAAUCCUGCUUUAAGCUACAGAAAAUUGUAAAAAAGAAAUUAAUUUUAUAGACAUCAGUCCUCUUGGUAUCGCCACAAACUAGACUAUUUUUUUCAUAAUUUACUGUCAGAUAUGUUAAAAUAC